AUGAAAAGAGUGCUCUUCAAAUCCCCAAUUGCCUCCCAAAGGACAGGGACAAGACACCAAGCAGGUAGAGGCAUCUAUUCCUUCCCAAUACGCCACCUAGAUCCAAGGACCAAAUCCCAGCUUCCUUUCGAACCACUUUCUCUUUACAGCAAGCUGCUUCUGCAGGUAGGACCUCAUAAUUACCGCGGGAUGCAAAAAGGGAUGGGAAGAUAUGAGGUUGCAGCUUAA